AUGCCGGCUACCACAGUUUUGAGCACUGCCGAAGCCGCCCAGUUAAACACACUUCGCGUCGAGUUGAAACAAUGGGAGAAAUCAUUUUCGGACGCGAAUGACGGAAAGAAAGCGGGUAGACACGAUAUCAAGCAGGAUCCGGAUAUAGCUGCAAAAUACAAGACCUACGGCAGGCUUCGCGCUCUUGAAUCUUCGUCGUCAUCGUCGCAUCCCAAGUCUGAGUCUAGGCACAAUAAGGAAGUCGAAAGAACGCCGUCCAAGUCUGACCAGCAUAACAAUGCUCGAAUCAAACGCAAACAUGCCGCUUCCCUGGGACCAGAUGGGAUCGAAGACGGACGGAAACAGGACCACCACACACCCAAGAAAUCGCGAGGAAACCUAUUUACGCCCGCAAAGAAUCGCACUGUCAAUGAUCCUAAUCACCCGGCGACUUUGGACCCCUAUGACUCGCCUUCUGUAUUCCGUCGCUUGUUCAGUCCGUCCACACAUCGUCAGACACUGCCAUCCCCGGUCCCUCUAAAGAAUUCCAUCGGCCCAACUCCGCAGCGCGACGGAAAGGCAUUGGGUCUUUUUGAUUUGUUAUCAGCGUCCGGCGGGAGCACUGCAACACCAUCCGCGAAGCGUAUGACUAUGGUAGGGGAGGAUAUGAUAAAGACGCCAUCCGGCGGAAAGCGGAAGCGACUAGACAAUAUUGCUGAAAAGGACGAUAAUGAUGAUGACGAAAACGACGACAACGAACGAAUGAUUCGCAUGGGCCGCACACCAGCCUCAUCAAGCAAGAAACUGUACCUCGAGCGACUUUUCGCGACGCCUACUACUAUGCGAUUCGCAACCAUGGUUGAAGAUGAAGAAAGACAGCUGCCAGGAGCAUCACAAGGAGGUCCCCCCGGUGUAGCAGAAGAAACUCGGACUGAGACGAACCCAUUGAGCUCCGAAACACCGAGCUUCCUGCGACGAUCUAAUUCGGGGAGGUAUAUCCCCAACGCUAAUCCUUCACAUGGGUUAAGUCCGGUUGGGGUGCGAAAGCCCCAGCGCUUCGUCGGCAAGGGCCUCAGUGCUUUGGUGCAAGGGCUGCGCGACAUGGAAGAGGAACGCAUGCAGGACGACUGGGAUGUAUUGAAAGAACUCGAAACAGAGCAAGAUCCAAAUGGCCCAGAACAAAACGUCCAAGUCGGCGACAGCCAAGCUGCGACAAACAACAAUAGCAUGGAUCCUCCAGAGGGUGGACGGGUAUGGAAGAAGAAAGCGCCUAAAAGAACUACACGACUAGUCAGGAUGAAGCCUGUCAUACAAUCCAAACCCAAGACCACUGCACAAGCAACCACGAAACACGCAGCCAUCAAUCACUCCUUCAAUCCGGCGGCGUCUGGACAAGAUCAACCAGGUGAAGAUGAUGAUGAAGAAGAAGAUCUAGAAGAUUUCAUCCCCGACGACUCCGACGAUUCUGACUUUGCCGAGUCCACCACCAAGAAACCGAAAGCCACAUCAAGCUUCUCCGAAAAGAUCAAGGCGAUGAUCUCCGAUGUCAAAAACAAAAACCCGCUCGCCAACGUAACGACCAAAGCGAAAAAUACAAGCACCACCACAGCAAAAUCCGAUAAUGUAAAAUCAAUACCAGCAGAAAAGGAACCUAAGAAAAGAAAGGUUAAUCCCGACGCCCAUGCCAAUUACCGAUCAUUAAAGAUCCGAUCCAAGGGGCAGGGCCGGUUUGGAAAAAGGUUUGGACGGCGUUAG